CAUUUGUGCAACAUGAAAUAUCUAUACAAACGAAGAACGCCUCGCCGGGCGAAAAGUAGGGAUGCAAGCGUCUUCGAGUAGUGGCCCAGAUGUCUGCCCUAAAAGGCUAAGUUAUUUGUGUAUCGCUCAAGACUUCGUCUUAACUUGAGAGCAGCGAACACAGUGCGGAUUUGGCAAAGGUCGCCUCGUUUUGGUCUGGGGGGUCGCGCCCCCAUCGCCACGAAGGCACCUCCUCCCACACACGGCUGCACGGGCCCAACCCCGCAGUCCCUUCUCAGGGCACUUCCGAAUCGCCGGCCACUGCCCGUAAGCCGUCAUAAAGUCACAUACACAUUGCAGGGUUCCCUUUCAACUUCAUAACUUGGCCUCUUCCUACCUAGACUUCCACUCAACAUUCGACUUGCACAAUUCCCGGCUGAACCUUUGUUUCUUUAAGGCUUCCUCUUGCUGUUAGCGCAAAGCGCAUCAGCUGCUAGACAUCUCACUUUACAGCACGAACUGCUAUCUUCAGCGGCCGUCACGAAUGUCGUUCCUGGCGUGCUUCGGCAAGGGUAAAGGCAAUGGCAAGCGGAAGGCAGCCUACCUUGAGAAGCCGACCUCGUCGGCGCCCAGGGAGAGGGAAGUGGAGAGGGUGUUCACGACUGGCACUGGUGUGCGCCUCGUCAUCAAGAGCGGCGAUAUCACACAGGAAGACGUCGACGCUAUAGUAAAUGCAGCAAAUGAGCGCAUGCUCGGUGGCGGAGGCGUGGAUGGCGCAAUACACAAGACGGCCGGGCCGCAGCUGCUGGAGGCUUGCCGCGCCGUGCCGGAGGUGGAGCCGGAUGUGCGCUGCCCGACAGGCGAAGCACGGAUCACGCCGGGCUUCAAGCUUAAGGCGCGACACGUCAUCCACACAGUGGGACCUGUGUACAGGAGCGACGGCGUGUCCGCACCGCUGCUGGCGGCCGCAGUCAGCAACUCACUGCGGCUGGCAGCGGAGAAGGGUGUGACCUCCAUUUCCUUCCCGGCCAUCAGCACCGGCGUGUACGGCUACCCAGGCGACAAGGCGGCAAGGGUGUCCAUCACCGUUGUGACCGAGACCCUGGCCGCCCUCGACGCCAAGGGGCAGCCGCUGCGGAACGCGCAGCAAGCCGCUGUGGCGGCAGGUGCGGGCGUGGACGCGACGCCAGAGCAGCCAGGGAGCACACCCCAGCAAUGGCAGGGCUGCAGCCUUAAGGAGGUGAGGUUCGUGCUGUUUGGCAACGCGCUCUAUAAGGAGUUUGCUCGGGCGGCGGAAGAGACGGUCAACACGCCAGCCACGCCGCUGGCGACACAAUGAGCUGCAGCCGGAUGCCCGGAUCACAGAGCCCAGAGGCAGCUGUGAGGAGAACACUUUCAGGACUCUAAGGAGGAGGUGUAACACACACCAGGUUAGCACGGCGGCGAACGGCAAGUCAUUGAUAGUGGCUGUGAGGCGGUGGUUUGUGAGAGCUAGCAAGUUGCGUCCGGCGGUGGCCGCGGUGCGAACGGUGGACUGUGGGUUUUGUGGACACCGUGCCGCACAGGUAUGCACACGCUGUCACGUUGUGAUAAGCGCUCUCGUGCGUCCUGGCGUCCUGCUGAAGCUGAUGAGGCCGAAGCAGGAGUGUGCUUGUCUGAGAGUGCGGACAAUUUGCUGCGGGCAGUGCAGUAAGGCUACGAAAGGCCACAGUACACGCCAGAUUCUUUCACCACUGAUUCGAUGCAACCAGACAUUCAUAUGGCCAAGCAUCGGAUGGGGCUCAGUAUCAAACGCACUGCUCCAAUCAUGCAGACGCUGCUAAGUGGAACCAGCACCUUCCCAGGGGUGACAAGAAGUGCCCUCUCUACGUUGAUGGCGUGGAGGAUGCAAGGCGUGUGCUGCUUUCGUGUCCGGUCACAGACACUUCCAAGU